CAGAAGGUAAUGCUGUUCGUUUAUUUCAUUACUGCUAUAUCCUACAUACACAGCUCAACAUGUGUUGUGUUAAAACGGGGAAAACCGCUGCCACAAGCCGAAGCUCUCGAUGAAUUACUUACGAAAUUCUUAGGGCACAGCUACAGUGACAAUACUGUCGCUAACAUCAUCUUAGGAAAACCUGUUGGAAACCCAAACAUUGACCCGAAUAGUGAAAACCUCGACAUGAACGUACUCGACGUCUAUAGUGUCAAGAAAAUAAUUAGCUUUGCUAAACAGAAAAAUGAGGAGCGCACAAUCGCGGAACUUACACGGCGACAUAAUACCUUCCGACGACACAAGGAUUUUCUAGACACCAAUCCCAACAACACGUACAUCACAAACAAAGCCAUGGACCUCUUGCAGCAAAGUAUUUACACAACUCAGAUAAGAAUGAAUGUAACAUAUCCGUUCCGUAAAAAAUACCACCAAAUACCAUCCUACCAAAUAUCAGUUUUGUAUGGUCGGGCUACAGCCAUUAUAGCGAAAAUGGAGAACUUACUGGCUCAAAUGAAAACGUUCAAGUGGAAGACACAUUUCAUCUGGCAUCUUAUAAUAUAUGAGAAGUUACUGGCUUGUAAUAUUGAUAUAACCAACAUAGUCGAAAGGGCACAUCUCUUAAAUUACGAAUAUUUUAAAACAAAACCGGAGAAACCCCGAAGCGUAGAUACUGAUCCAAACUCAGGACCACCUUCUGAUUUUGAUGAAAGUGAAAUGCAACCGGUUAACCCAAAAGCCGGAUGAUCCUUUUUACAUUCAAAGUUCUCAUCGUCAUCAUCAUCAUCAACAGCCUAUAAGCGGCCACUGCUAACCAAAGGCCUCUACUCACACGGAAAAGGUUUCAGCAUCAUUGACCUAUUGUCAAUUGUCGAAAUAAUGUAAGAAAGUACAUGUAACUCACUUUGCAAAAGUCACUUUGGUGCUUGCCGUUGGUAUGUUUCGAAUCCGAACUCUCAUACAUGAGAAUCAGACGUCGUAAACAUCCGGGCCACCACACAACAAAGUUCGUCUACCUAUGUCAUUAUAAAAAAUUGUAGGUACUACAUAUUUGCCUCAUUCGCACUGAAAGAGCAUCAACACGAUUCACGGAUCCUAAGCUUCUUAAUACGGAUGGCACUAUCAUAAUAAAGUGUGUUUAUUGUAAAUUAUUUUUUCCUUCGUACGAUAUGGCAUUGUGUCGUAA